UAAAUAAAUAAAAUCUUUAAGAAAUUUUACAAUUAGCAUCACACUUAAUGCUAAAAAAAAUAAAUGCUUUCUCCCUAAGAUUGGAAACAAGAUAAGGAUGUCUAUUCUCACCACUGUUAUUGAGCAUACUACUUGAAGUUCUACCCAUCACAAAAGUCAAGAAAAGAACUUAGAGAAGCUAAUGCUGGAGAUAAUAAUCUGAAAGUUUUCAGGAUAUUGAUGGUAUUUAAAGCUGUCAAAAUAUGUAAGAUCACGAGGGAAGAAAAAAGUAGUAGGACACAGCCUUGAGGAACUCCAAUAUUUAAGUACUAGUUUAAGAAGAGGGAGCUUGCAAAAACCAAGGAAGAGGCACCAAAGAAAUUAAAAGAGAUAUAUGUUUCAUAGAGAAGGUGCUCAACAGUGUGGAAUGCUACUGAGAAUCUAAAUAAGAUGAAGAAAGAAAAGCUUCUAUUGAAUUUAGCAGCAUGAAAGUUGGUGAGAACUAUAUUAAUAAGAACUGACUUCAGAAUCAAGAAACAACAACAAAAAAAUCAAGAUAAAUCCAAAUAACAAUUUGAUUUCCCCCCCCCACACACACACACACACACACAACCAAAGGUCUGGAGAUGAGCUGCUACAGGCACUAGUUGGCAGCUGCAUGUUGGAGCUGCUAUGAUUCCCUUGGACUUUCUCUGAUGACUGUGUGAUGGGUGCCAUUACUCUGGACUCGUGUAAAAGGUGGUGGGGAGGGGGUUGGAAGCAAAGUUGUGGAGCGCAUAGCAUCUGUCCCUUUAUUAAGAAUAGAAGAGCUUUCCAGGGCACUUGGGUGGCUUAGUCAGUUAAGCAUCUGACUCUUGAUCUUAGCUCAGGUCUUGAUCUCAGGGUUGUGAGUUCGAGUCCUAUCUCAGGCUCUAUACCCCGCUUAAAGAAAAACUCAAAAGAAACUCUUAUCCUCAGAAUUUUUUUGUAUCUCAUCAGUCAGAACUAUGUCACACAGUCACCCUGAACUGCAAGGGAAGCUCUGGGAAGAUGAGAGUUUAAUUUUUCUAGCCUCUGCAGAAAAAGUGAAUAAGGGAAAAGGGCUGGGAAUGAAGGGCUUUGUCAACCAAAAGUGCCUGCCACAGUGACCCUGUGGCAGUUUUAGUGGUGUGGUGAGAAUAAAACCAAAUUAUAUUGUAGACUGAAGAGUGAAUUGGAGCCACACCUCCAGCAUGUCCUCCUGUGUCAUGUCAUCUGCUUUGCAUAAUCUCUACUCAAAAUGGACCUUAACUGCUCCUGUUCCACCAGUGGCUCCUGCAUCUAUGCUGGCCCCUGCAAAUGCAGAGUGCAAAUGUCCUUCCUAAAGAAGAGCUGCAGCUCCUGCUGCCCUAUGGGCAGUGCCAAGUAUGCCCAGGACUGCAUCUGCAAGGAGGCAUCAGACAAGUGCAGCUGCUGUGCCUGUUCCAGAUGUAAAUAGAGCAAUAUAUACAAACCUGCAGUUUUAUUUUGUUGUUGUUUAGUUUUUAUUUCAUAAUCAUAAAUUUAACUCUGCAAUCCAGCUAGACUUGGAGGGGAGUAAGGAAAAUAUGGAACCCAUAGAAUUGUAGAGAGAGCACAAAGAUGACACAAUUUGACACAAGUCAAAUUUAUUAGAUUUGUCCACAUUCACCGAUGGUGAUUUUCUUGCUGGUCUGGCCAAAGACCACAUGCGUGCAUCCAAUCACUUAGUCUUGGCAGUACAGAUAAGAAACUGGGAACCAUUUGUGUUGGGUCCAGCAUUUGCCAUGGACAAGAUGCCAGAAUCCCUGUGCUUUAGGAUGAAAUUCACAUCAUGGAAUCUCUCCCCAUAGAUGGACUUGCUGCCAGUGCCAUUUUGGCUGUGAAGUCACCUCCCUGGCACAUAAAUCCUGCAAUAAUCUUGUGAAAGCAGGAAAUUUUAUAAUCAAUUUAUUUUUCCCCAGUUUUCAGAGCAUGAACGUUUUCUGGUAUCUUAGGAACGUUGUCUACAAACAGCUCAAAGGAGAUGCGGCCCAAGGGCUCAUGAUCCGAAGAACACAGUGGGGUUGAACAUGGCUGGGCCGCGGGGUCAGCUGAUAGAUGGCGGCGUCUGCCCAAAUUUGAAGUUUCAAAACAUUUUUUCAUAAUACACUGCCCUGCUUGCUACAUUCCUGUUUCUAAAACACAUGAAUUCUAACAAAGUUGUUGACUUAAAAGAAAGUGAAUUGGAGGAGAAAUAGCAAAACACAACAGAUAGAAACAUUCUCUGUUCAUUUGGCUAGAAGUUUAGCUGCAUGGAGGAGCAGAGCAGUGGGAUGGUGUCUAGACCGGUAUUUAAAGGCUAGAUUUAAGGUCGCGCUUAACAUGAAGUAGACUGUUUGUAAAAUGACAGGAAUAAUGGUAGUGAAGAGAGGAGACCCUAAUGAUGCAAGGAGUCAAGAAGAUGCAGAAAAAAGUCCAAAAAGCUCAUGCCCAUGGAUUCCAACCUGUGUGAUCUUUCCUUCCUGACCAUCUAUCUGCCUAUGGUCUUUGGAUUACUUAGCCACCCUCUACAACUGUGUCAGGUAAUUCCUUGCAAUAAACCCCUUAAGAUGUCUGGUUCUGCUUCUCUGGUUAAAUCCUGACAUUGAAUUUGAUCCUUGAAAAGUCAUUGAAAAGACAGUAUAGUAAUGCACUGGUUUCUAUUAAAGCAGAGAGGAGUUACACUUGAGCUAAGAGGAAUGAAGACUUCCAAAGUGAGAUUUCACUUAAACUGAAUUUUAAAGAAUUAUUAAA